GCCAAAGAAGGCAUGCUAUCAUGCCGACCUAUGGCCGGCUCGUUUCCCCUCUUUGCACCAUGUGGGACCCAUCCUAGUAGCCAUGAUGGAGCGUCCUCAUAAAGCGCACGGCGGGCCGGGCGGUGCCAUGGCCGGGCUGGAGCUGCUUUACCACUCGGUGGCGCCGGACCUCUCCUGCCCGCAGGACGCCCUCCUCUGCUUCUUGCACUGGAAGCUCAUCACCCACGACUACCGCUGCCUGGGCGUCGGCGACCAGCCUGGGAGCGAUGAGAGGAAAUCGGAAAUGCUCCCUGCGGGUUGGAACGUGGACAAGGAGCUGUACACGCUGCGCUAUCGGCUGAAGGACGACUCUCGGGACCUGCUGGUGAAGGGGAUCAUGAUGGACGGCAGCAUCAUCUUCAACGUCAUGGAUCCCAAGUCACAGAAAGUGGCAGAUUUGACCUUGAAAGUGGCAGACUACAUCAAUCCGGAACACCUGGCUGAUUUUGACAAGGUGUACCGGAACACAGAGGAGCUGCAGAUGGAGGUGGUCCAGCACAUCGUCUCUCCCUUUGAGGCUGCCAGAGCGCCCGCCCGCGCCAAGGAGGAGCCCAAGCGCGAGAGGAACCCUUCCCCUCCCAACCCCCCUGACCACGACCCCUUGUGGAUCCCGCCUCGGCAUCCGCAGGGCAGCCGGCAACCCAACUGGCCAGACCCCAUGGGACCUUUUGCUGUUGGCGGAGAAGAUCUGGACCCCUUUGGGGGCCGAAGAGGGGGCAUGAUCCUGGAUCCUCUUCGAUCAGGUUCUCGGAAUCCCUCAAUGGAUCCCUCGUCGGGCCUUCCCGGUCGGCUUCCUCCGGGAGCUGUUCCUCCUGGGGCGCGAUUUGAUCCCUUUGGACCCCCUCGGGCCAAUCGCAGCGGACCCGACCCUGACCACCUUCCGCCUCCAAACUACGACGAUAUGUUUAUGUGAGAAGCGCUGGAGUUCUCCCCGGCUUCCUUCUUUCCGGAGAUCUGCACGUCUCCUCCUUCCCCAGGCAUUGGGGGGGGGGUUCCUGGUUUUGGUGGGCUCCUGCCUUCCCGGCAGCAGGUUUUCUUUCCUGUGGCGCUCCCACCCAUCUGUGAUUUCUCCGCACCAUAAACCUGAAGAGGAAGCCGUGUGCUGAUAACGUU